CCAAACAGCAACCACAAACCAUCAUGAGCACAGAUAACCUCUCUGUCGGUAAGCAAAGGCCCUCCUACGUCUUCGUCUUCUUCUCUGUCUGCGCCUGUAUCAGCUAGGUAGUGGCUGUCAAACGGCCUUAUCUAUCGCAGAAGAAGACUAUUGGAACGGACAAUCUUAGCAAAGAGAUGUGGCUAACCACGGAUACAGUGACCAACAAUGUCCAAUGGCUCACAUCCCUCAACCCAGAGACACGUCCUCCUGCACACUGGCGUCGUUCUUCCAUCAUUUGCACAAUUGGGCCCAAAACCAACUCACCAGAGAUGAUGAAUAAACUCCGCUCAGCAGGCAUGAAUGUCGUGCGCAUGAACUUCUCUCAUGGCGAGCACAGUUAUCACCAGUCUGUGAUUGAUAAUGCUCGUAAAGCAGAACAAGACCAAGCUGGCCGACCACUGGCUAUCGCAUUGGAUACAAAGGGACCUGAAAUCAGGACUGGUCAGACUGAAGGGGAUGUUGAUAUCCCUAUUGCUGCAGGUACUGAAAUCACCAUCACUUGUGAUGAUGCGUACAAGCAGAAAUGCUCAGACAAGAUCAUGUAUGUGGACUACAAGAACAUUUGCAAAGUGAUUGAGAAGGGCAAGAUUAUCUUUGUGGAUGAUGGUGUGCUCUCUUUCCAGGUGCUCGAGGUCGUGGAUGCACAAACACUCCAGUGCAGGUGUCUCAACAAUGGCAAGAUCUCCUCGCGCAAGGGUGUCAACUUGCCUGGCACGGAUGUCGACCUUCCUGCCCUCUCAGAAAAGGACAAGGCAGACUUGCAAUUUGGUGUCAAGAACAACGUCGAUAUGAUCUUUGCCUCGUUCAUUCGUCGCGGCGAAGACAUCAAGGAGAUUCGCAAGUGUCUCGGCGCUGCAGGAAAAGAAAUUCGCAUCAUUGCAAAGAUUGAGAACCGACAGGGUGUCAACAACUUUGAUGAGAUUCUCAAGGAAACCGACGGCGUCAUGGUCGCUCGUGGUGAUCUCGGUAUUGAGAUUCCAGCACCAGAAGUCGUGCUUUGCCAAAAGAUGAUGAUUGCCAAAUGCAACCUUGCUGGAAAGCCAGUGAUUUGCGCAACACAGAUGCUCGAGUCUAUGACGUACAACCCACGUCCUACCCGUGCUGAAAUCUCAGACGUUGCAAACGCUAUUCUCGAUGGCGCAGACUGUGUCAUGCUCUCAGGAGAGACGGCCAAGGGCUCUUACCCAGUCGAAUCAGUCCGCAUGAUGCACGAAACCACCAUCAUGGCAGAAACGGCUAUUGCCCCACGCGUCAGUGAAGACAUUCGAGUCUUGACCAUUCGACCUACGGCCACGACGGAAACGGUUUGUUGUUCAGCUGUUGCUGCUGCGCAUGAACAAAAUGCAGCUGCCAUUAUUGUCUUGUCGACAAGUGGUUCGACUGCACGAUUUGUGAGCAAGUAUCGACCACAGGUACCGAUCAUUAUGGUCACUCGGAACGAGACAACGGCACGUAAUGGGCACUUGCACCGAGGUGUCUGGCCAUUCGUGUAUGUCAAGGAGAAACCCAAGACGGGCGAGGAGUGGCAGCAAGGUGUGGAUGAGCGUUUGCAAUUUGGAUUCGAGCAGGCCAAGAAGCUGGGUAUCUUGGAACGUGGUGCUGUCGUUGUGGCUGUUCAGGGAUGGCGUGGUGGAUUGGGUAACUCCAACACUCUGCGUAUCUUGCAGGUCUCUUAGGCUUGCUUUGGCUUGGACUGCUGCGAUGAGCCAAUCUUUGGCAAUAUAGACACUAAGCGUAGAUCCGAAUGUUGAUUAAAGUGUGAUCUCGAGAGCAUGAGCACAGUACAGCAAUACUUGCCAGAUG